UACUUAAUGGACAGACGACAGAGAACAAACAUAAACCUACCGGUUCAAAACAAUCAAACCGUAACCGGUUUAGUAAUUUCAAUCUUUUUUAUUAUGGAUCACACACAAACCGGAUUUAUCAUCCCCCUCUCCAACUUCUAUAAAUAACCCUACCAUGACCGACUCUCUUAGACGCGUUCGUAUCAUAAACACAUUCACUUAAUCUUCAUCUUCUUCCUUUACUCUCUCUCUCUAUCUGUAUCAUCUUCAACCAUAAUGGGAAUCUGUGUAUCGUUUAACCGGAAAGAUUCAAAUGCAUCACCGACGGUGAAGAUCGUGACAGUCAACGGCGAUCUACGUGAGUACAAUGUUCCAGUGGUGGCAUCUCAGGUUCUUGAAGCCGAAUCAGCUGCAGCUUCUUCAUCUUCGUCUUCCUCUAGAUCUUCUUCUUAUUUCAUCUGCGACUCCGACUCUCUCUACUACGACGACUUCAUCCCGGCGAUAGAAUCUGAGACGCCGCUUCAGGCCGACCAGAUCUACUUCGUCUUACCGGUUUCUAAACGUCAGAACCGUUUAACGGCGUCUGAUAUGGCCGCUCUCGCCGUUAAAGCCAGCGUGGCGAUACAGAACUCCGCCGGGAAAGAGUCUCGUCGGCGCAAGAAGGUUAGAAUCUCUCCGGUGAUGAUGUUGACGGGGUCUAACGAUUCCGUUAACGGAAAUGGGAGUGAAUCGACGGUUAAGAAGGGACGGCCGUUUGUGAGUGGUUAUAAAACCGCGCCGUUUAAAGCUUCGAGUGGUUAUAACCGGUCCGGUUCGGUAAGUAAUUUGAGAAGAUAUACUUCUAAAAGAGCUAAGCUGGCGGUUCGAUCCUUUAGGCUGAAGCUUUCAACGAUCUAUGAAGGCUCCGUCGUUUAGAUUUGUUUAUUUAUCAAGUUGCUUUCAAUUUUGAGGAACCAAAUAAAUUAGAAAACAAAAGAAAGAAUGAAAAAAUAUAUUAGAAGAAGCAUAUAUACUUACUUAUUUUUUUGGUUUGUUACAAACUGAUGAUAUAGUUUUUUUUUCACGAAGAAAACAUUUGUAUAUUUCUCCUUAUACGCUUGAUUGUAUAUUUUUGUCAUGUACAAUCAUAUAUGUUUACCAACAAGAAUUUAUAAUAUAUGAUUUAUGAUUUUUCUCAGUUUAGUGAUCCUAACCAUACGGUCACUAGACUGAUGAUUGUAAA